AUGGCCUUCAGGAAGUCUCCCGUCGCCUCGCUGAUUCUGCUCUCAAUUUUACUCCUCCAUGUUGUAGAAGCUCAGGAGAUGAUGGAUAAAACUGGAGCACCCACUCCUUCACUCCAGCCCAUAGAUUGUGGAGCAGCUUGCGGAGCGAGGUGCAAGCUGCUGUCGAGGCCGAACCUGUGCAAGAGAGCGUGCGGGAGCUGCUGCACCACGUGCGACUGCGUGCCCCCCGGCACGGCCGGGAACCAAGAAACCUGUCCUUGCUAUGCGAACCUCACCACCCGCAACCUCAUUCACAAAUGCCCUUGA